AUGGGCUCCUCCUACCCUCCCGUCUCCCCUCGCGGCUCCGGCUCGGUGCCGGCCCGGCGCGACGAGCUUUACUCGAAGAUGGCGCGUGACCUCGACGAGCGCGGCGCGGCGUUCCUCAAGGGCGGCGUGACGUCGCAGUCGCUCACGCUCUCGGACCUCUUCGACACCGCAGAUGACGGCACCGUCGUGCCCAGGCUCAAGGCCGCCGACCCGCCAGUGCGCGCGAAUGUGCUCUAUAUGGAUCCCAAGUUCGCCGCUGUGAUCUCGAAAGCUGUCAAGGACGUGUUUCUUCCUUAUUUUGACCAAGGUACAGCUAUCUGGUUCCAAAAUACGAGCAUGUACCACUUCAGCAUGUUUCAUGCCUCCCAUCACUUGGAGCCCAUUGUAGCAACCGAGGAUGAGAUUGAAGCCGAAGUGGAGGCAAUAAAAAGAGUUGCCGAAAAUCUUUGCCCACUUAAAAUUGUUUUGGAUAGAGUGGUUUUGACCUCAACCGGUGUGCUUCUUGGACUGUGGCAGGUUGAAUCUGGUACUGAUCCUGCUGAAAUCCGCUCAAGAUUGAGAGAAGCUCUUCCUCGAGCACCUCAAAAGCAACUGUAUGACCCUGUGCUGCUUCACACCUCCUUUGCACGAAUUUUGGGACAUCCCAAGCUCCCAGAAGAGCAAAGUGCAUCAUCUUUUGAUCAUGUCAAGUUCUUUCAUGAGCUGGUUGUUCAAGUUAAUGAGAAGAUUCGUGGCUUCCAGGUUACGAUAUUGGAGCUAUGGUAUGUCGAAGAGUACGAUGUUCUUGCGCUGGCGCUGAAUGGAAAGAUGAAAGUGCUGAGGCUCCACCUUGGCUGCAAUCGUCAGGGCAAUUAA